UGUCUCUGUGUCAUCACAGAGCCGUUCAGUUACUUCCACAUUCCUUGACACCAUUCCAUCUGAGAGCAAAGUAUUGUCCACUCCCCCCUCCCUGCCAUAGGACGGGUUGGUUGCUUGUUUAAGAACAGCCAAAACCAGUUAUUCACUCUCAAUGAACAUUACAUCCAGAGUUUCUGCAACCUUUUGAGGAGAGACCUGCAAGGAAAUAUGACUUUGACAGAUGAGAUCUUGAGUUCCCUUCACCUGGCAGAUAAGACAAGUGUUUGGGGAACUUUGGGCACGAUUAAGCCCCUGAAAAAUUUUGAACCAGAGCUGAUAGCGGACAGACUCCAUGACACACUUACAAACAAAGGUGACCAGCAAACAAUCAUUGACACUGUUACAUCGCUUAACAAUGAACAGAGGCAAGAGGUAAUUCGCCUGUACAAGGAAGAACAAAAGCAGGACUUGCUGGAGAAUGUUAAGAAAGCUUUCUCGGGGGAUCUGGAGAGGGUAAUUGUUGGUUUGUUGAAGACCCCAGCUGCAUAUGACUCUCAGGAGCUGAAAGCGGCAAUGAAGGGAUUAGGGACAGAUGAAGCUGCACUAAGUGAAAUCCUCACCACCAGAUCAAAUGAACAGCUGCAAGCCAUCCGGGUCUGCUACAAGCAAGAGUUUAAAACAGACUUGGAAAAGGACAUCACAUCGGACACAAAAGAACCACACACUGCGCUUCUCCUGGCCCUGGUCAAGGGCAAGAGAGAAAAGGAAUCUAGGAUUAUUGACUAUGGACUGAUUGAACAGGAUUCUAAGAUGCUGAGUAACCUGGGACCUAAAAAUAACCCCAACGAUGCUCAGUGGAUAACAAUCUUUACAGAAAGACCAAAAGGACAUCUCAGACGAGUCUUUGACCACUACAAGAAAUCCACCUCAGUUGACAUAGAAGACACUAUAAAUAAGCACUUUAAGGGGGAUUUCCAGAAAUCACUCUUGACUUCAGUGGCUGUAAUUAAGGAUACUCCUCUUUAUUUUGCCGACAAACUGAACAAUGUAAUGAAGGGUGUGGGAACGGAUGACAAGGCUCUUAGCCGCAUUCUUAUUUCUCGGAGUGAGGAGGAUUUGCUGAGCAUCCGAGUGGCAUAUAGAAGGAAAUAUGGAAAAUCGCUCUACUCAACUAUUCAGAGUGAUACAAAGGGAGACUACAGGUCAGCCUUGCUGCUGUUGUGCAGGGCUGAGGACAUCUGAAGAUACAGCUGACAAGCUA